UCCCGUCAUGAAAGCAUGCAACUAGAACGCGCAUCGCGGUAGAGUGCACUUCAGAGAAGAAGCUCCAGAAACAUCAGGGCUCACGAGUUUGAUCGCAUCCCGGUUGCGGCGCUUUGAUAUCACAUAAGGGGUUAUAGCCUAAGACAAGAUUUAAUUAGCCCCAAGUCGCAAGAGAGCCAAAGUUACAAUGGCGUCUACGACGCCUCACGACAGAGUUGAUGAAAACCUCAACGACGCAAUCACAUUUCAUAUUCAUCGUACCCCGACUUUAAAUAGUCAAGAGAGAAGCACACUGCUCUUGGAAGAGACUCUAGGCCGCGCUGACGAAAGCCAAGAGUCGGAUCUAUCUAGUGCGGAGUGUAGUAGACCAUCUUCGACGACUGCAAACAGUCAAGAAAGUAACACAUUGCACUUGGAAGAUAGCCCAAGCUGCGCUGAUGAGAGCCAUGAGCCAGUCCUAUCCAAUACAGAGCAUAAACGGCCAUCUGCUGCACCUACCCAGCCAAUUGACCAGCUACUUCCAGUCGCAGAGUCCCUCAGUCGCAUGGGAUUGUUUUGUAUCGUAGGAGGCUCGUUGUGGAUUCUCGGAGCGUUUGGGUUUCUCACAUUCCUUUGGUUUGGCCACGGCUCUAAAGAGGCAGCUGAUGCAACUAAGUUAUGGCGUUUUAUCGCCUUGCACCACUACUUUCCUCAGGCUAUUACUCUUUAUACCCUUGCACUACGAGUUGCAGUGAGCUUCCAGGCCGUCGUCUGCACUUCGAUGAUUGCUGCAAUCGUACUGGAGAAACAUGGCAUACAGAGGACCCAGGUGGCAUGGCUUUCUGUUAUGCGCGGCAUCAAUAACGGGCCGCUCAAGCUAUGUGGCCUUCUAGUGUCAUCAAAUGGCAUUGCCACUCUUCUCCGCCGAGUAGAACUCUGGCUGCUAUUCCUUAUAGUUAUUGUCACAUCAGCGCUUCAGUUCUCUUCUACUCUCCUCCUUUCAGACCUCAAGGACUUCACCAUUGUUGGAGACCUAAAUCUUACCCAGUUCAACGAUAUCUUAUUGUACGACAAGGAUGAUUUUCACGUGGAAGCCUUGGGGUUACAGUUUAUUUCGCAGUCUCCGGUGUAUGCAGUUUUCGGCGAGGCUCAGGCUAACUUCAACGCCACUCCGAGUCCAAAUGGACUGAGCGAUACUGGUCUCAUUCAAAGGUCACUUCUACCCAUUCCCGCGUCUAGCGCUCGGUCUUCGGUUAGGAAAGUCGAGGCUACGUCUGUUGUUAUGACUUCACAAUCCGCGUGCAUCCGGCCCCAAAUCAAUGCUACGUAUAAUAACACCCUUUUCUAUGAUAUCGAUGUGUCGGAUGUCUUUGGAUACAUCUCUGGGACAGUUGAUUAUAAACGAAGCUUCGAUAAUGCAGAAGUGAAACGAAGCAGUCUAUGUGAUACGGAUACAGGCUGUGAGGACGUCGCUUUUGAGUGUCCCAUUCCAAGCGGUACGACAGGCGACUGGCAAACAGUCACUUGUCUCAUCGAUGGUCUUGUUGGAGGAGGUGGACCUGCCAACUUUGAUCCUAUAUGGGAUUCAGCAGGCGGGGUCUGGUCUCCAAAUGCAUCUGUUGUACUAGUUAUCACGACAAACAUGGACUAUAAAGACUGGAGAGCUGCGACUAAUAGUACGCUGCCUACUGGUAGCCCGUACCAUGAGUGGCAGAGCUACGAAAUUGGCACCAGUCAAUUCGUCAACAUAAGUCUAUGCGCGUCUGGGUUCAGCCUUGGCCGCUUUCAUACCUUAAUGACCGCGCCUGGGCCUUUACGUGAGCCACAGACCGACUUGGUUCUCACCUCUAGAACUUAUAGCACAACAGAUGUCCAAAGAUUUAUGGGGGUGAGCGAACCCCAACAGAGCCACUUUGACCGACAGAUUCUCGAUCUCGAUAUCCUCGGUGCUCCUACUAGCGAUCUUAGGGAGUCCUCUCCCGCAUCUCAGCUAGUUAAUUAUUCCACAGUGGGAGAUGUUAUGACGGUCGGAAGACUAACGACGGCCGUACUCGAGGUGAUCAUGUAUUAUCAACUUACCCCCGGAUUCCAGCCAAACGUUAGCAUGUCUCUAUGCUACUUCUGCACCACUAACGGCUACUCAGUCAACCCAGAGAUCAGCCUCUUAUUCAGUGAUGUUGUCUCUAGAACUGGGCGAGCUGCAAACGCUCUCCUAUCACUUACAACGAUCAUCUUCGCUUCGGUAUACUAUACGUAUCUUAGUACACUCCAAGUGCGCCAAGAUGGCCGUAUAGUGGCUGUUACUACUGUUUCGGCACCGGGACCAUGUUCUAAAGGCAUCAAUAGCUGUUCCGGGUAUGCCUCAGUGACGACAUUGCUUGCUAUACACCUUCUAUGUGUAGCAGUCAUCACAGUUGUCUACGUCCGCCAAAUACGGUACUCACGCCAUGGAAACAUAUGGCAUACAAUAUCGCAGCUGACAGGAGACGGUUUGACCGAUGUGUUCAAAGAAGCACAACAUGCUAGUGAUGCAGACGUAGAGCGUAUAGUGGACAAGGAUUACAAAGUUAAGGUAGGUAGGCGACGAGCAGGUGGACCUGUGGAGGCUGUUAACGUAUAGCUGAUCUCUAGUCGGUGUACCUCGAGAGCUGUUAGACAAUUCUAGGAAUAUCUGGCUGUGGACUCUGGUAAUAAGCCAAGAAGAACUUAUGCUCAUUGUUUUUGGCGCAUUCAACAAUCUGCUCCGUGGAUGUCUCAUAUGUAUCAGGGGGUUCUUCCCAAGUGAGAACAGGUCAUAUUGAAGACCUAGGCUAUCUG